CGUCUGCUCAUCAUGCCGACGGCAUCGUCGUUGUCCUAUCUCGACGGCACGCUACCCGGCGACUUUGGCUUUGACCCGCUAGGCUUGUUCGACCCGUCAAGCGGCGGCUCUGCGGGCUUCCUCUCCCAACGAUGGCUCCACACAGCGGAGCUCAUGCACGCUCGGUGGGCCAUGCUGGGCGCAGCAGGCUGCCUCGCACCCGAAUAUCUGGCACACGAGAAGGUUAUUCCCAAGGCGACCGGGCUGCUGUGGUUCAAGACGGGGUUCCUGCCGCAGGCUAGCGCCGGCUUUGACUACGGACUACCGCUGGGGGUACUUUUUGCCGUGCAAAUGGUGAUGAUGGGCGUUGCGGAGGGGCUUCGUGGCGCGGAGUACAUUGCGCCGGGCAGCCUGCGCAACAAUAAGUUGCUAGGACUGGAGAAGCUCAUCGCGACGACUCGCGCGGGCAGCGCGGCGUACCCGGGAGGGCUGAUGUUCAAUCCGCUGGGGUUGGGUGAGAAGCCGGCGGCGAUGCGGGAGAUGCAGCAGGCGGAGAUUCGCCACGGGCGGCUGGCGAUGUUGGCAUGCCUGGGGUAUGCGGCGCAGGCGGUGGUGACGGGUCGUGGGCCGUACGACAAUUGGAACCGGCAUUUGGAGAAUCCGGAGGAGAAUAAUGUGUUAUCGUUACUGGGCAACGUGCUC